GUGGUUUACCAGAUAUUUUCCAACUUGCGCUAUUUGACAGGAAAGAAGGUUGCUAGUCGGAAACAGGACGUUCUGGAACUUGUCGAACAUUUUAAUAUUGAUGUUGAAAAUCCAUGUGUCAUAAUGAGUCAAGACAAAAGCAGAGAAUUUUUGCAUUCCGGAAAUGACAGAGACAAAUUUAAGUUUUUUUUCAAGGCCACACUUCUUCAGCAAGUCAAUGAUCUUCUACAACGUAUUUCUGGACAACUUAAAGAUGCAAAUGCACUUAUUGAAGAGCGGGAGGCUACAAUUAGGCCCAUAGAACAGGAACUUAGCAAACUACAGGGCAAAAUAAAAAAUAUGGAGCAUAUAGAAGAGAUAUCUCAACAAGUGCAGCAAUUGAAAAAGAAGCUUGCAUGGUCAUGGGUCUAUGAUGUGGAUAGGCAACUAAGGGAACAGACUGAGAAGAUUGGAAAGCUUAAAAAUCGUAUACCCACUUGCCAAGCUAAAAUAAAUUGGGAAACAAGUAAGGUACAGUCGCUGAAGGACCGUCUUAAGGAAAAGAAGGCUCAAGUUGAAGUGAUGGUGGAAAAAUCAUCAAUUGUAAAGAGAAGCAUGGAUGAACUAAAACACUCCAUUUCUUUGGCAACAAAAGAGAAGCAAGAACUGGAAGAAGAAAAUCGCCGCAGGAUGAAUGACAUUCAAAAAACCAUGAUUUUAGUUAGGCGGCUUGAGAAAGAAGCUAGUACUAUUCAUGAACAACAUAUCAGAAGUACACAGGUUCUCUUUUACUUAAAAAAAUUAAAUCUCCAUUUCCUUCUAACAAUAUGUUUCUUUCUUGUCCUUAAUUAA